AGAGCUCGCAGCACUGCCGGGCGCCCGUCGGGCUCUGGGAGAGCGAAGACUAGAAAUCCGGUUAGAAAUCAGAGUCGGAGGGAGGUUUAACCGCGGAUCGGUUCCGAUCGGAUUAUUCCUUAAAGGGGACGCGCCAUUGUCAAGAGCACGGAGCCCUGGGGCCCGAGGGCGGGGACCGGCGGCGCUGGAGGAGCGGAGGCAGCUGCACCAGAUCGGGGUGGGAACGGCCCUCAUCACUGCACAGCCUGCUCCGCCCAUGCAGAGUUACCACCUCUGCCCAGGGUCCACGUGAGUGCCUGUCACGUCCGAGGUCCAGCUUCUAGAUGGAUCCUUCCCAAAUUUGGUGUCUUUUCUACAAACUCUGUGCCUCGACAACCAUUUCUAAGUGAGAAGAAGCCAUUUUUUUCCAGUCUGGAUGACGAACCUCUGAAUGCUUCAUUCUCCAAAGUGCUCACGAGCCGCACGGGAUUACAUGGUCCAAGUCGCCGCCCCGGAAGCAGUCUGAGUGACACGCUUCAGCACGAGUCAGCAAAGUGAGUAAGUGCUGCGCUCCCUCCACCUCUCGCUCCGCCGCGGGCAGAAGGAGCAUCGUCAUGUCCAACAUUACCAUCGACCCCGAUGUCAAGCCUGGUGAAUACGUCAUCAAGAGCCUCUUCGCAGAAUUUGCCAUUCAAGCUGAAAAGAAAAUUGAGGUUGUAAUGGCUGAACCCUUGGAGAAGCUGUUGUCCAGAUCCCUUCAGAGGGGGGAAGACCUGCAGUUUGACCAGUUGAUCAGCUCUAUGAGCGCCGUAGCCGAGCACUGUCUCCCUUCCUUACUCCGCACCUUGUUUGACUGGUACCGACGCCAGAACGGAGCUGAGGAUGAGUCUUACGAGUACAGGCCUCGCUCGAGCACGAAGUCUAAGGGGGAUGAGCAACAGCGUGAAAGAGAUUAUCUUCUGGAAAGGCGGGAUUUAGCAGUAGACUUCAUUUUUUGUUUAGUGUUAGUGGAAGUUCUAAAGCAGAUUCCUGUUCAUCCGGUGCCCGACCCCUUAGUCCAUGAAGUUCUGAACCUAGCUUUUAAGCACUUUAAACACAAGGAAGGAUAUUCAGGAACCAACACUGGGAACGUGCACGUCAUCGCUGACCUGUAUGCUGAGGUGAUAGGAGUCCUUGCCCAAUCAAAGUUUCAGGCUGUGAGGAAGAAGUUCGUCACUGAGCUGAAGGAACUGCGACAGAAGGAACAAAGUCCCCACGUGGUACAAAGCGUGAUCAGCUUGAUCAUGGGCAUGAAGUUUUUCCGGGUGAAAAUGUACCCCGUUGAGGAUUUUGAAGCAUCGUUUCAGUUCAUGCAGGAAUGCGCCCAGUAUUUCUUAGAAGUAAAAGAUAAGGAUAUUAAGCACGCGCUCGCUGGUUUAUUUGUGGAGAUUCUCAUCCCUGUAGCUGCUGCUGUUAAAAAUGAAGUCAAUGUCCCCUGUUUAAAGAACUUUGUGGAGAUGCUUUACCAGAAUACUUUUGAACUGAGCUCCAGGAAGAAGCACUCACUGGCCUUGUACCCACUAAUUACCUGUCUUUUAUGUGUCAGUCAGAAACAGUUUUUUUUAAAUAACUGGCAUAUUUUCCUACAAAACUGUUUGUCACAUUUAAAGAUGCCAUCUAACAACAGUAUCAGAAAACAAAUAGAAACACUUCAGAAUAAAGAUCCUAAAAUGUCUCGAGUUGCACUGGAAUCUUUGUAUAGAUUAUUGUGGGUUUAUGUUAUUAGAAUAAAAUGUGAAAGCAACACUGUAACUCAAAGCCGUCUGAUGAGCAUAGUGUCGGCACUUUUCCCGAAGGGCUCUCGCAGUGUGGUUCCUCGCGACACGCCGCUCAAUAUAUUUGUGAAGAUUAUUCAGUUCAUUGCUCAGGAACGUUUGGAUUUUGCAAUGAAAGAAAUAAUAUUUGAUCUUCUCAGUGUUGGAAAGUCUACUAAAACUUUCACCAUUAAUCCAGAGAGGAUGAACAUAGGCCUCAGGGUCUUCCUUGUCAUCGCCGACAGUUUGCAGCAGAAAGACGGCGAGCCUCCCAUGCCAACCACGGGGGUUAUUCUUCCCUCAGGAAACACUCUCCGGGUCAAGAAGAUAUUUCUCAAUAAAACCUUGACAGAUGAAGAGGCCAAAGUUAUAGGAAUGUCCGUUUACUAUCCUCAAGUAAGAAAAGCGUUAGACAGCAUCCUGCGGCACUUAGACAAAGAAGUCGGAAGGCCAAUGUGCAUGACAAGCGUGCAGAUGUCCAAUAAGGAGCCUGAGGAUAUGAUUACGGGAGAACGAAAACCCAAAAUUGAUUUGUUUAGAACUUGUAUUGCUGCAAUUCCAAGGUUAAUCCCCGACGGCAUGAGCAGAACUGACCUCAUUGAGUUGCUGGCGAGGCUGACGAUUCACAUGGACGAGGAGCUGCGCGCCCUGGCCUUCAACACGCUGCAGGCAUUGAUGCUUGAUUUUCCAGACUGGCGGGAAGAUGUUUUGUCGGGAUUUGUUUAUUUUAUUGUUCGUGAAGUAACCGAUGUCCAUCCCACCCUUCUUGACAACGCUGUAAAGAUGUUGGUACAAUUAAUAAAUCAGUGGAAGCAAGCAGCCCAAAUGCAUCAUAGAAACCAGGAUUCCCAGCAUGGUGUAGCCAAUGGGGCUAACCACUCCUCUCCUUUGGAAAGGAGCCCGUAUUCCUCCGUGUUCCACGUGGUCGAAGGCUUUGCCCUUGUCAUUCUCUGUAGCAGUCGACCCGCCACCAGAAGACUAGCCGUCAGUGUCCUUCGAGAAAUACGGGCUUUAUUUGCACUUUUGGAAAUACCUAAGGGUGAGGAGGAGUUAGCCAUAGACGUGAUGGACAGGCUGAGCCCAUCCAUUCUUGAGAGCUUCAUCCAUCUCACAGGGGCCGAUCAGACUGCCUUGCUGUACUGCCCCAGCUCCGUAGACCUGCAGACAUUAGCGGAGUGGAGUUCUUCCCCCAUCAGCCACCAGUUUGACGUGAUCAGCCCAUCCCACAUUUGGAUAUUUGCACACGUGACCCAGGGCCAGGACCCAUGGGUCAUCAGUCUCUCCAGCUUUUUAAAGCAAGAAAACCUUCCUAAACACUGCUCGACAGCUGUGAGCUACGCUUGGAUGUUCGCGUACACAAGGUUGCAGUUACUGUCCCCUCAGGUUGACAUCAACAGCCCCAUCAAUGCUAAGAAGGUGAAUGCCACCACGAGCAGUGACUCCUACAUCGGCCUGUGGCGGAACUACCUGAUCCUGUGCUGCAGCGCAGCCACGUCCGCGGCGUCCUCGGCAUGCCCAGGCUCCGUGAGGUGCUCCCCUCCCGAGACGCUGGCGUCCACCCCCGACAGUGGCUAUGGCAUUGAUUCCAAAAUUAUCGGCAUCCCAUCCCCUUCGUCCUUGUUUAAGCACAUAGUUCCCAUGAUGCGCUCUGAGAGCAUGGAAAUCACAGAAUCCCUGGUUCUAGGUCUUGGCAGGACCAACCCGGGAGCCUUUAGGGAGUUAAUAGAGGAAUUACAUCCCAUAAUUAAAGAAGCACUCGAAAGAAGGCCAGAGAAUAUGAAGCGGCGCAGGCGUCGAGACGUUUUGCGAGUUCAGCUGGUGCGCAUAUUUGAACUGCUGGCAGACGCGGCUGUCAUCAGUCACAGUGCAAGUGGUGGCCUUGAUAAUGAAACACAUUUCCUCAACAACACUUUGUUGGAGUAUGUAGAUUUAACUAGACAGCUUCUGGAAGCAGAAAAUGAAAAAGACUCUGACACGCUGAAGGAUAUCCGAUGCCAUUUUAGUGCCUUAGUGGCGAAUAUCAUUCAAAAUGUUCCAGCUCACCAGAGAAGAAGUAUUUUUCCUCAACAGAGCCUUCGUCACAGCCUGUUUAUGCUGUUCAGUCACUGGGCAGGUCCUUUCAGCAUCAUGUUUACGCCCUUGGACAGAUACAGUGAUAGGAAUAUGCAAAUUAAUAGACAUCAAUACUGUGCAUUAAAGGCGAUGUCCGCCGUGCUGUGUUGUGGCCCUGUGGCAGAUAAUGUGGGACUGUCAUCAGAUGGCUAUUUGUACAAAUGGCUGGAUAACAUUUUGGACUCUCUGGACAAAAAGGUUCACCAGUUGGGCUGCGAAGCAGUCACAUUGUUGCUGGAGCUGAACCCGGAUCAGAGCAACCUGAUGUACUGGGCCGUGGACCGGUGCUACACGGGCUCCCGAAGGGUCGCUGCCGGCUGCUUCAAAGCCAUUGCCAACGUGUUCCAGAACAGGGAUUAUCAGUGUGACACCGUGAUGCUCCUAAAUCUGAUUCUGUUUAAGGCAGCUGAUUCUUCUAGAAGUAUUUAUGAAGUUGCUAUGCAGCUUUUACAGAUCCUGGAACCGAAGAUGUUUCGCUAUGCUCACAAAUUGGAGGUGCAGAGAACUGAUGGCAUCCUUAGCCAGCUGUCUCCCCUGCCGCACCUGUAUUCCGUUUCCUAUUACCAGCUGUCCGAGGAGCUAGCAAGGGCCUAUCCUGAGCUCACUCUCGCUAUCUUCUCAGAGAUAAGCCAGAGGAUCCAGACGGCUCACCCCGCGGGCCGCCAGGUCAUGCUGCACUACCUGCUGCCCUGGGUGAACAACAUCGAGCUGGUGGACCUGCAGCCUCUGCCCACGGCCAGGCAGCCGGACGAGGACGAGGACGACCCCCUGAAAGACCGGGAGCUCAUGGUGACGAGCCGGCGCUGGCUGCGGGGAGAAGGCUGGGGGUCCCCCCAGGCCACCGCUUUGGUUUUGAACAACCUCAUGUACAUGACAGCAAAGUACGGGGAUGAGCUGGCCUGGUCGGAGAUGGAGAAUGUGUGGACUACGCUUGCCGAUGGCUGGCCAAAGAACCUGAAAAUCAUUUUGCACUUUUUGAUAAGCAUUUGCGGGGUGAAUAGUGAACCAAGCCUCUUGCCUUACGUGAAGAAAGUCAUUGUGUAUCUGGGCAGAGACAAGACCAUGCAGCUGCUUGAGGAGCUGGUGGGUGAGCUGCAGCUGACCGACCCUGUCAGCUCAAGCGUCACCCACAUGGACAACCCGCCAUACUACCGCAUCACGUCCAGCUGCAAAAUCCCCUCAGUCACCUCAGGAACUACUUCCAGCAGCAAUACAAUGGUAGCUCCCACCGAUGGCAACCUUGAUAAUAAGCCUCUGAAAGAGAACUUCGAAGAGAGCUGUGUACACCUGGACAUCUACAGUGGGCUGAACAGUCACUUAAACCGGCAGCACCACAGACUAGAAUCUCGCUACAGCAGCAGCUCCGGAGGGUCUUAUGAAGAAGAAAAAAGUGACUCAAUGCCACUUUAUUCUAAUUGGCGACUGAGAGUGAUGGAGUGUAACCAAGGAGAGCCACUGCCCUUCCCACCAGCUGGAGGCUGCUGGUCACCACUGGUGGAUUACGUGCCUGAAACGUCAUCACCUGGAUUGCCCCUCCACAGGUGUAACAUAGCCGUGAUCCUGCUGACCGAUCUCAUCAUUGAUCACAGCGUGAAGGUGGAAUGGGGCAGCUACCUCCAUCUCCUCCUUCAUGCGAUUUUUAUAGGGUUUGACCACUGCCACCCCGAGGUGUACGAACAUUGCCAGCGCCUGCUGCUGCACUUACUAAUAGUGAUGGGGCCCAUCAGUAACAUCCGGACCGCUGCUUCUGUCCUUCUCAGGAACAAAGAGUUCAACGAGCCCAGGGUGCUGACGGUCAAACAAAUCGCACACUUAGAUUAUACUUUCACAGCAGGCAUUAACGACUUUAUACCCGAUUACCAGCCCUCCCCCAUGACCGACUCAGGGCUCAGCUCAAGUUCUACCUCGUCCAGUAUCAGCUUAGGAAACAGCGGAGCUGCCGUCUCGCACCUGCACACCACCCUCCUCAGCGAGGUGGACAUCUCCAUGGAGCAGGAUGGGAAGGUCAAAACCCUCAUGGAGUUCAUUACCUCAAGAAAAAGAGGGCCCCUUUGGAACCAUGAGGACGUUUCUGCCAAGAAUCCCAGCAUCAAGAGUGCGGAGCAGCUCGCCACGUUCUUGAAGCACGUGGUGUCUGUUUUUAAGCAGUCAAGCCCAGAAGGCAUUCACUUGGAGCGUCACCUUAGCGAAGUGGCUCUGCACACCGCCCUCUCGUGCUCUUCCCGCCACUAUGCAGGGAGGUCCUUUCAGAUCUUCAGGGCCCUGAAGCAGUCUCUGUCGGCAAGCACCCUCUCCGACGUCCUCGCCAGGCUUGUGGAAACCGUGGGGGACCCGGGGGAAGAGGCACAGGGAUUUGUGAUCGAGCUGCUUCUCACCUUGGAGUCUGCGGUUGACACUUUGGCUGAAACCAUGAAGCAUUACGAUCUUAUUUCUGCCCUUUCUCAAACCUCGUACCCAGACCCUCUAAUGGGAAACAAGUACGCAGCUAACAGGAAAAGCACUGGACAGCUCAACCUCAGCACGAGCCCCGCGGACAGCAGCGGCUACCUGGGGUCCAGCAGCAACACGAGAAGUAACUCUCUGAGGUUAAGUCUGGCUGGUGACCGCAGAGGUGACCGGCGGCGGAGUAACACACUGGACAUCAUGGACGGACGGAUCGCCCACAGCAGUAGCCUGGCAAGGACUCGAAGCCUGUCCUCGCUGCGAGAGAAAGGAAUGUAUGAUGUGCAACCCACUACUGAGCCCACCAACUUGCUGGCCACCAUCUUUUGGAUAGCCGCGUCGCUGCUGGAGUCGGAUUAUGAGUAUGAAUACCUCCUGGCUCUCAGGCUCCUCAACAAACUGCUGCUCCACUUGCCUUUGGACAAGUCGGAGAGUCGAGAGAAGAUUGAGAACGUGCAGAGCAAGCUGAAAUGGACUAACUUCCCCGGGCUCCAGCAGCUCUUCCUCAAGGGCUUUACCUCAGUGUCUACCCAAGAAAUGACCGUGAACCUCCUCAGCAAACUCACCUCUGUCUCCAAGCACACCCUGGUGGACCCGUCCCAGUUGUCAGGCUUUCCUCUUAACAUCCUUUGCUUAUUGCCUCACUUAAUCCAGCAUUUUGACAGCCCAACUCAGUUUUGCAAAGAGACAGCGAGUCGCAUAGCAAAGGUCUGUGCCGAAGAAAAGUGCCCCACGCUCGUGAACCUGGCUCACAUGAUGAGUCUCUACAGCACGCACACGUACUCCAGGGACUGCUCCAGCUGGGUCAGCGUCGUGUGUCGAUACCUGCAUGACUCCUUCCCAGAUGCCACCUUCAGCCUUGUGACUUACCUGGCAGAGCUGUUGGAAAAAGGACUAUCGAGUAUGCAGCAGUCACUGCUGCAGAUUAUCUACAGUCUCUUGAGUCACGUUGACCUGUCUGCAGCCCCAGCCAAGCAGUUUAACCUGGAGAUCAUUAAGAUCAUUGGCAAAUAUGUGCAGAGUCCUUACUGGAGGGAAGCCCUCAACAUCCUGAAGCUGGUGGUGUCUCGCUCUGCCAGUCUUGUUGUGCCCAGUGACGUCCCCAAGACCUACGGAGCAGAUGUGGGUUCUCCUGAAAUAUCCUUCACGAAAAUUUUUAACAAUGUCUCCAAGGAGUUGCCUGGGAAGACGUUAGAUUUUCAUUUUGACAUUUCAGAGACACCCAUCAUUGGAAAUAAGUAUGGGGGCCAGCACAGUGCGGCAGGAAGGAACGGGAAACCCAAAGUGAUUGCUGUCACCCGAAGCACAUCGUCCACGUCCUCCGGCUCCAAUUCCAAUGCCCUGGUUCCAGUCAGUUGGAAAAGACCACAGUUGUCACAGCGAAGAACGAGAGAAAAGUUGAUGAACGUGCUCUCUCUCUGUGGGCCCGAGUCAGGCCUCCCGAAGAACCCAUCUGUUGUAUUUUCCUCCAAUGAGGAUUUGGAAGUUGGUGACCAACAGACCAGCCUGAUUUCUACAACAGAAGAUAUUAUUCAGGAGGAAGAGGUCGCUGUAGAAGAUAAUGGCAGUGAACAACAGUUUGGUGUUUUUAAAGAUUUUGACUUCUUAGACGUUGAAUUGGAAGAUGCAGAGGAGCUGCAGGGUGAAAGCAUGGACAAUUUCAACUGGGGAGUCCGCCGGCGCUCACUGGACAGUGUCGACAAAGGGGGCACGCCAUCCCUGCAGGAGUACCAGUGCUCUAGCAGCACCCCCAGCCUGACCCUGACAAACCAAGAGGACACCGACGAGUCCUCGGAGGAGGAGGCAGUCCUCACGGCCAGCCAGAUCCUGUCUCGCACGCAGAUGCUGAAUCAUGAGUGCACAACCGAUGACCCCGCCCUGGAGCACACGGAGCCUCCCCUUCAGUCCCAGGACUCGGCCAGCAGCAAUGCCACAGAAGUGGUGCAAAUCAGAGAUGAGACCCCCAGUGUGGAGGCCUGUCUAGAUAAUACUAGCAGCCAGCUGCCUGAGGAUACAAGUUCAGUGUUAAAGGAGGAACAUGCCACAGCCUUUGAGGAGGAACAGUCUUACACGAUUCAAGAACAACAAAAUUCACCUCCAGGUCAGGGUAUGCUAGACUUAGAGGAAAGUGACGUGCCAGAACCUCUGGCCCCUGAAAGCUACCCUGAGUCAGUCUGCGAAGAGGACGUCACCCUGGCUUUGAAAGAGCUAGAUGAACGGUGUGAAGAGGAGGAGGCCGAUUUCUCUGGACUGUCAAGCGAGGACGAGGACGAGCGCGCCGCGUCUCCGGGAGCGCGGGCCUCGCCGCCGCCGUCCCCGUUCCUGUCGGCCAUCAUGGCGGCGUUCCAGCCCGCGGCCUGCGGCGACGCCGAGGCGGCCUGGCGCUGCCACGUCAGCCAGACGCUGUGCGACGCGGACGGCUCGAGCGCCGUGCUCACCUUCCCCGUGUUCUCCAGGCUCUUCCAGACAAUUCAAAGAAAGUUUGGAGAAAUAACUAACGAGGCAGUCGGCUUUCUUGGUGAGAAUCUGCAGCGCAUUGGUACCAAGUUUAAAAGUUCAUUAGAAGUGAUGAUGAUGUGUUCGGAAUGCCCAACAGUCUUUGUGGAUGCUGAAACUCUGAUGGCCUGUGGCUUGCUAGAAACACUCAAAUUCAGUGUUUUGGAGCUGCAAGAACACCUGGACACCUACAACGUCAAACGAGAAGCAGCCGAGCAGUGGUUAGACAAUUGUAAGAGGACAUUCGGUGCCAAAGAAGACAUAUAUAGGAUAAACACCAAUGCACAACAAAUGGAAAUUCUAGCAGAGCUGGAGCUGUGCCGACGGCUGUACAAACUGCAUUUUCAACUGUUGCUUCUGUUCCAGGCCUACUGCAAGCUCAUCAACCAAGUAAACGCCAUUAAGAACGAAGCAGAGGUGGUCAACAUGUCGGAGGAGCUUGCCCAGCUGGAGAGCGCGCUCAAGGAAGCCGAGGCUGCCUCGGAGAAUGAAGAAAUUGACAUCUCCAAGGCUGCACAGACCACAAUAGAAACCGCCAUUCAUUCUCUAAUUGAGACUCUGAAAAAUAAGGAAUUCGUGUCAGCUGUGGCACAGGUGAAAGCUUUCAGAGCCCUGUGGCCCAGUGACAUCUUCGGCAGCUGUGAGGAUGACCCCGUGCAGACACUGCUGCACAUCUGCUUUCAUCACCAGACACUGGGUCAGACAGGCAGCUUUGCCGUGAUAGGCUCUAACCUGGACAUGUCAGAGGCCAACUACAAACUGAUGGAGCUUAACCUGGAGAUCAGAGAGUCUCUUCGCAAGGUGCAAUCCUACCAGCUUCUAGCGCAGGCCAAACCGGUGGGAGACAUGGUGAGCACUGGAUUCUGAGACACCUGGGCGAGAAAGCAAACUGAAGAGGCGGAAGAAUAUCAACCAAGCACCUUUUAUGAACCCUUGCCAUUCACUGAUGACGUGGGGCAGCAACCACAAUGACAGCGUCACCAUACGUCGUAAACUGUGUCAAAAGCAGAGACUGGAAGCAAGUUAUCUGUCCUAUACCUCCCACAGAAGCUGUAUGGAGAAGGAAUUUCUAACUUCCGCGCAAAGGGCUAAAAGUGAUGCAGAAAGAAUUCCAGGAAUGUCUGCAAUCACCGCAGGUGGAAUGAGGCUGGAAUUGGGUCUGGUUCAUUUCAGCCAAGACCUGUCAAAAACCACUUGCAUCCUCGCAAUGGGUCGGUCGUCCGCAAACUCUGCCACUGAUGCUUGCUUCAUGGUCUACAUCAACAUCCAGCCCUGCAGAGAGAGACCUCUUUGCAAAAACCAUUGGGUUGUUUUUCAAUCUACGGGAUAAGGGUUUGGGGUGUUUUUGUUUUUUGGUCUGUAUAAGGAUGUGUGAGUGAGUAUGUGUGUGUGUGUGUGUGUGUGAGUGAGUGUGUGUGUGAGUGAGUGUGAGUGUGUGUGUGGUGAUGACUUCUCAGAGCAUGCCUCAAAGAGCACUGCAAGAUUAUUUUUGAAGAAAUUUUUAUUUUAUUAGCUCUAACUCUUCCUAGUGUAUAAAUGUUAGAACAUUUUAAUAAUAUUUUAAAGCUGGGCUUUCCCAGUAUUUCAAAAAAAAAGAAAUAAUAUAUCUGUUAACGUUAUUGGAAUGCUGCUCAGUUCUCUGAUCAGUGCUUAUGUUACGAUUGUUGGUGACUAACCAAAGUAGAUGCCUGCAGAGACUUUAAAAAUGUAAAAUAAAGACAUACGCUGCCCGCCAGCUAUUCUCAUUAGCAAAGUUAACUUAUUUUACUCCAUAAUUAUUAUAGAAACUGUACAGACUAAAACCAGUAUUUUCUUGUACAUUUUGUGCCACGCACUGUUACACAAGAGUCAGUGUACAAAGCUAAAGGAAAACUUGUUCAUUGAUGGUAGGACGUGUGUUCUGCGGGCUUCAACACCGGCAGAAUUCAAGAAGAGAUGCAACUGCAGUGUGAUGUGUUUUUUUCAGGACUUCACGUGAAAGGAACCUGGGGCUUUGGGGGGGGAAAGGCAAGAAAAGCCGGAAGAAGACUGCCUACCAAAACCUGCAAUAUACUUACUUAUUCACUGUCUGAGUCUGGCAUAGCAUGAACUGGAUCCUCUGUCCUUUUUUUAAAUAGCAUUUUGUAAAAGAAAUGAAUGUGGUCCCACAACUCCUGAUUUGAAAGACACACCUACUAUUUUUUUAUAUGCAUCUCGUAUCCACUGUGACUUUUCUUGGAAGCUGGGCUCUGUGACUCCAGAGUUUGGAAUGUAGAAAUGAACUGCUUAGC